AUGAGUGACCCGCGGGAGCCCUCUUACUCCAUCGUGCCGAGAAUUCGGUACAACACCGUCGGCGGUGUCAAUGGACCCCUCGUCAUCCUUGAGAAUGUCAAAUUCCCCAGAUACAACGAGAUUGUCUCCCUGACCCUGCCCGAUGGAACCAACAGACAGGGUCAGGUUCUCGAGGCUCGAGGUGACCGAGCCGUCGUCCAGGUCUUUGAGGGAACAUCAGGCAUCGAUGUUAAGAAGACGAAAGUCGAGUUCACCGGCCAGAGCUUGAAGCUUGGUGUGUCGGAGGACAUGCUGGGUCGUAUCUUUGACGGUUCCGGACGUGCUAUCGACAAGGGCCCCAAGGUCCUUGCUGAGGACUACCUCGACAUCAACGGCAGUCCCAUUAACCCCUUCUCCCGUGAAUACCCCGAGGAGAUGAUUUCGACCGGUAUUUCUGCCAUCGACACCAUGAACUCCAUCGCCCGUGGACAAAAGAUUCCUAUUUUCUCUUCGUCUGGUCUGCCGCACAACGAAAUUGCCGCCCAGAUUUGCAGACAGGCCAGUUUGGUCCAGAAGCAGGGUGUCACCAACAAGGGUGUCCACGACGGCCACGAGGAGAACUUCUCCAUUGUCUUCGGUGCCAUGGGUGUCAACUUGGAAACCGCCAGAUUCUUCACCCGCGAUUUCGAGGAGAACGGCUCUUUGGAGCGUGUCACCCUUUUCCUUAACCUUGCCAACGAUCCUACUAUCGAGCGUAUCAUCACUCCUCGUCUCGCGCUUACGACCGCCGAAUACUACGCCUACCAGCUCGAGAAGCACGUUCUCGUUAUUCUUACUGAUUUGUCCGCUUACUGCGACGCUCUUCGUGAGGUCUCAGCCGCCCGUGAAGAAGUCCCGGGUCGUCGUGGUUACCCCGGUUACAUGUACACGGAUUUGUCCACCAUUUACGAGCGCGCCGGUCGUGUGGCGGGUCGCAACGGUUCCAUCACCCAGGUUCCCAUUUUGACCAUGCCCAACGAGGAUAUCACUCACCCCAUUCCCGACUUGACGGGUUACAUUACGGAGGGUCAGAUCUUCGUCGACAGAGGCCUUUACAACCGUGGUAUUUACCCGCCCAUCAACGUUCUGCCGUCUCUGUCUCGUCUCAUGAAGUCUGCCAUUGGUGAGGGCAUGACCCGCAAGGACCACGGCGAUGUUUCCAACCAGCUCUACGCCAAGUACGCCAUCGGUCGUGACGCCGCUGCCAUGAAGGCUGUCGUCGGUGAGGAGGCUCUGUCAGCUGAGGACAAGCUUUCUCUGGAGUUCCUCGAGAAGUUUGAGCGCCAGUUCAUCAACCAGGGCCAGUACGAGGCUCGCACCAUUUACGAGUCUCUCGACCUGGCAUGGAGCUUGCUCCGUCUCUACCCCAAGGACCUGCUCAACCGUAUUCCCGGCAAGGUUCUCAACGAGUUCUACCAGCGUGCGGCCAAGGAGGCCAAGGACAAGGGCAAACAGAGACAGCAGGUGCAGCAAAACGAGGAGAACCUGAUUGACGCAUAA